UAAUAGAAAUAAAUAUAAAGCAGGAACCAUGCUUUUUGAACACAUCUGUGUAAAACCUUGAGAAGAACUGACUUACAGGAGUUGGUUAUAGGUCUAUCACACCAGUUAUGCUUGGACUCCACUUCCUCCUGAAGCUUUGUAUAACUGGAUGUUUUUGCAUCUGUUGUGUGGCUUGGCGUGUGCAAAUGCCUCGUCACAUAGUUGCACUGAAGGGCUCCUGCCUGGUCAUCCCCUGCAGCUUUGACUAUUAUCAGAAUCCUCCCGUCAAUCCAAACCGUGUGGUGUGGUACCAGUACGUGAAACGGGGCUAUCCUCUGGUCUAUGAUGACUGGUACCCGGACAGUGUUAUACCUAUCUUUAAAGGAAAGACACAUGUGCUCACUGAUAGAAGGAGCUGCACCCUGCAGAUCUACCCCGUCACCUGGUCCCACCACAGACAAACCCUCUACCCCUGGGUCGACCCUGAGAAUGUGGGCUCAGGCACCUACGCCUUUUAUGAGACAACUGUCACUAUCGAAGUUGUAGACAGAGCAAAGAAGCCAAACCUGAUGGUGACUGGGGUCAUGAAGGUGGGCCAGUACGUGAAGGUGCAGUGUACUGUCUACCACUCAUGCCACCACUAUCCUCCCUCUCUGAGCCUCAACAUCCCACUGAAGGACCACUCCCUGCACCAAAUCAGGCUGACCGACGGCACGUCCAAAACCAUGCUCAGCACCCUCAUGUUUGUGGAGAGAGACCAACAGAUUGUGGAGUGUGUGGCUAAAUAUAAAGGGGGUGAAACAGAGAAGACAACUCAGACACUCAAUGCUAAGUGCUCUUUCUCACCUCUGUCCAUCACAUCUAUGACUGAAGAGUUCCUGGAGGGAGUACCCUCUAAAGUGACAUGCACAGCCUCAUAUACCUGUGCACAGAACAACCCGACCCUGACCUGGAACUAUGGCAACAUGGAGGCCUCCGCCCACAUGAGCAGCAGUGGGAAGGCUCUGUGGAAAACCAUAUCCACAGUGAAAUUCAUAUCUGCUGCUAAGGAUCAUGGGAAUGAUCUCACAUGUUAUGCAGUCUUUACAGGGGGUCAAAGGCAGGAAGCAAGUAUUUCACUGCGUGUUAAAAGAAACAUGAUGUCCCUUGGAUGGUCCUUCAGCGCUCCCAGCAGUAUCUCAGGGAUAGCAGGCUCCUGUGUUGUUGUCCCCUGCACUUUCACUUACAGUCACUCCCGGCCCACUGACCCAAAGGUCAUAUGGUACUUGUAUGACAGCAAAGGAUACUCCCCUGUUUAUAGCCAAAACCAAGGGAUGGUCAGUAAAUACAGCAGCAGAACAAGUUUAAUUGGGUCAGUGAAAGAUGGAAACUGCACUCUGAAAAUUGAGAGACUGCAGAUGUCCCACAGCCAGGACAGAGUGUACCCAUGGGUGGACAAGAACCCCAUAACCUCCUACCACACCACAGGGUUUUCGUUUUAUGACAAAACUACACAGAUCAUUGUUUCAGAUCAUGCUAAAGAACCUGAGCUGAGUCUCAUUGGCAUCCUGAGGGUCGGGGAGCAGAGCAGAGUGUCCUGCAGCGUACAGCAUUCCUGUAUCUCUGCCCCUCCCAGCCUGGCCGUGUCUGGGGUUAGUGGAGAGGAUAACACUCGGCACACCAUGUUGUCUGAUGGGGUUUGGGAGCAAAGAGUCGAACGAGUGUGGACUGUGUCAGAGGAAGAUCAGAGAGUGAGGUGCACAGUGUCAUAUCCCGGGGGUCAGAAAGCUACAAGUGAGACAGAAUUAAAUGUUGAAUGCCCCCGCUCACCUCUGUCCAUCACAUCUAUGACUGAAGAGUUCUUGGAGGGAGUACCCUCUAAAGUGACAUGCACAGCCUCAUAUACCUGUGCACAGAACAAACCGACCCUGACCUGGAACUAUGGCAACAUGGAGGCCUCCAGCCACACGAGCAGCAGUGGGAAGGCUCUGUGGAAAACCAUAUCCACAGUGAAUUUCAUAUCUGCUGCUAAAGAUCAUGGGAAAUCUCUCACAUGUUAUGCAGUCUUUACAGGGGGUCAAAGGCAGGAAGCAAGUAUCUCACUGCGUGUUAAAAGAAACAUGAUGUCCCUUGGAUGGUCCUUCAGUGCUCCCAGCAGUAUCUCGGGGAUGGCAGGCUCCUGUGUUGUUGUCCCCUGCACUUUCACUUACAGUCACUCCCGGCCCACUGACCCAAAGGUCAUAUGGUACUUGUAUGACAGCAAAGGAUACUCCCCUGUUUAUAGCCAAAACCAAGGGAUGGUCAGUAAAUACAGUAGCAGAACAAGUUUAAUUGGGUCGGUGAAAGAUGGAAACUGCACUCUGAAAAUUGAGAGACUGCAGAUGUCCCACAAUCAGGACAGAGUGUACCCAUGGGUGGACAAGAACCCCAUAACCUCCUACCACACCACAGGGUUUUCGUUUUAUGACAAAACUACACAGAUCAUUGUUUCAGAUCAUGCUAAAGAACCUGAGCUGAGUCUCAUUGGCAUCCUGAGGGUCGGGGAGCAGAGCAGAGUGUCCUGCAGCGUACAGCAUUCCUGUAUCUCUGCCCCUCCCAGCCUGGCCGUGUCUGGGGUUAGUGGAGAGGAUAACACUCGGCACACCAUGUUGUCUGAUGGGGUUUGGGAGCAAAGAGUCGAACGAGUGUGGACUGUGUCAGAGGAAGAUCAGAGAGUGAGGUGCACAGUGUCAUAUCCCGGGGGUCAGAAAGCUACAAGUGAGACAGAAUUAAAUGUUGAAUGCCCCCGCUCACCUCUGUCCAUCACAUCUAUGACUGAAGAGUUCUUGGAGGGAGUACCCUCUAAAGUGACAUGCACAGCCUCAUAUACCUGUGCACAGAACAAACCGACCCUGACCUGGAACUAUGGCAACAUGGAGGCCUCCAGCCACACGAGCAGCAGUGGGAAGGCUCUGUGGAAAACCAUAUCCACAGUGAAUUUCAUAUCUGCUGCUAAAGAUCAUGGGAAAUCUCUCACAUGUUAUGCAGUCUUUACAGGGGGUCAAAGGCAGGAAGCAAGUAUCUCACUGCGUGUUAAAAGAAACAUGAUGUCCCUUGGAUGGUCCUUCAGUGCUCCCAGCAGUAUCUCGGGGAUGGCAGGCUCCUGUGUUGUUGUCCCCUGCACUUUCACUUACAGUCACUCCCGGCCCACUGACCCAAAGGUCAUAUGGUACUUGUAUGACAGCAAAGGAUACUCCCCUGUUUAUAGCCAAAACCAAGGGAUGGUCAGUAAAUACAGUAGCAGAACAAGUUUAAUUGGGUCGGUGAAAGAUGGAAACUGCACUCUGAAAAUUGAGAGACUGCAGAUGUCCCACAGCCAGGACAGAGUGUACCCAUGGGUGGACAAGAACCCCAUAACCUCCUACCACACCACAGGGUUUUCGUUUUAUGACCAAACCACUCAGAUCAUUGUUUCAGAUCAUGCCAAAGAACCUGAGCUGAGUCUCAUUGGCAUUCCACGGGUCGGGGAGCAGAGCAGAGUGUCCUGCAGUGUACAGCACUCCUGUAUCUCUGCCCCUCCCAGUCUGGCUCUGUCUGGGGUCAUUGGAGAGGAUAACACUCGGCACACCAUGUUGUCUGAUGGAGUUUGGGAGCAAAGAGUCGAACGAGUGUGGACUGUGUCAGAGGAUGAUCAGAGAGUGAGGUGCACAGUGUCAUAUCCCGGGGGUCAGAAAGCUACAAGUGAGACAGAAUUAAAUGUUGAUUGCCCUUAUGAUGAGAUUACAAUGAUUGAGAAGCCAGAGAAUCUCACAGAAGGAAUGGCCAAAUAUGUCGUGUGUUCAGUUGACUACAAGUGCAAGAGAAAUACUCCAGAUAUUGUGUGGAACUUUGGAAAUAUGCAGAAUAAAACAGACACCAAACAUAUAUCUAAAAAUUCUUACCGCACAAUUUCAAACAUCACCUUCAUUGGCUCUUUGAAAGAUGACCGUAAAGCUUUGACAUGCACUGCUCACUUCCGAGGUGGUGAGACGUCAGACACAGAGGCCCUUCAUAUUACGAGAUAUAAGAAGCCUGAGAACUCAUUUGAAGAUGACACUUUUCCAGCCAGUGUUCCAUUCAGAGUACAAGCCCUGUCCCGAUCUUGUGUGGUCAUCCCCUGCAGCUACGAAAAUCCCCACAAGUUACUUCUCACACGAGGGAUCUGGGUUAAACAAUCUGGCAGUGUAGUUUAUCAUAAUGGACGCAGCCAAAUCACCGAUCACUUCAAGGACCGCACUCGGAUGGUGGGCAACCUGCAUCAUGGCGACUGCUCCCUGGAGAUCGAUGAUAUCAAGCCCUUUGACAAUGGGCCAUUUUGCUUCAAGGCUGAAAAAGGAAGCACAGAAUACAGAUUCAACAACAGCUGUGCUUUUGUGCUCAUGAACGCAUCCCCAGAAAAACCUGUGAUGACAAAAACUUUACCAGAGGCUACAGCUGGAUCUAUCAUGACAGUUUCUUGUUCAGUGACUCACACAUGUCCAACACGCCCCCCAGAGUUUGUGUGGAGCAUUGCACCUCUGACCAAUGACAUUACACACACAGCUAUGAAAACUGGAGUCUGGGAAACCACCUCUAACAUCUCCUUUAUUGUACCAAAUGGAGAUGGGCAAAACAGUGUGACAUGCACAGCUAACUUCUGGCGGAACAAACAGGAAUCCAACACAAGCCACUUCAUUGUUAAAGGUUCUCUGAUUCACCAGAUGAGAAGGUCCAUUCCUAUAAUUGCUCCAGUCACAUUUUUUGUCCUUAUAACCAUAAUAUUAGCUGUGGUGUUUGGAGUGAUCAUGUGCAAAAACAGGAGAAAAUUGGAUGACUCACUCAGACCUCCACCUCGCCCGGAAAAAAGGAGGUCGCUGUUUGAAAGACUGAACAGGACUAAAGAAGCAAGUGGAAGACCUCCAAGGCCUGAAAAACGGAGGUCAUUUUGGCAAAGAUUCUCCAGAAGAAGUGAUGAUCGUGUUGUAUGGCAAAAGAGGAACUCACAUGAAAGCAGUGCUGCUGCAGAUCCAGCCACACCUAAAGCACGCUGCCCUUCUCCUCAGAAAGGCACCCACGCCCUGAAAAGAGAUCAGCUGAGGCACUUCCCACACUGUGACUAGGGGUGCACCGAAACGAUACUGGUAUCAUGCUGAUACUGAACAUUUUGACAUUUUGAUAUUAGUUCUGCUGAUAUCCCAUUUUGGUCUAUAAACUAGUGUAAUAAAAUGAUUUACUGGCCCAAAAUGUCUCAUAAUUUGAAACUUGUACUUUUUACAACGCACUUCUGUAUAUAUAUCUGGACAUUUCAGUCCAGAAAAGUGCAGUACUAAGAACAGCACAGAUACUGCGCAGAACUCUCAUGCUCCGAGGCCAGAGCUGGAUGAGGGUGAGAGAGACCAACCACCGUGGAAGGUGAGAAACAGUUUUUUUUUUUUUUUUUUUUUUUUAAAUAUACAUACAUAUACAAAUGUAACUACAGAACUGUGUUGUAAAAAUAUAGGUUAAAAUUCCUUCAAAUUUAUUAUAAUUAAUAUAUUCAGCUUUAUUUGUUCUACAAAAUCACCAAAUGCACCAGCGAGGUCAUAACAGUGCAAGGCAACCAACUGUUCCCCUUUAUGCAGCAGACUGUGUUCAAACAGCAUUAGGCUAUCAAACAGCACAGAUACCAAACAGCAUUUACCAAACCCACCGAUAUCAGACAAUAACAGACAUGUGCACGCACCCCCUGGUUUUGGAACUAAAUUUCUUAUUCAUUUUUCCUGAAUAAAUUUGUAUUAAAUCAGCUAAUCAGCUAUGUGGUAACUAUCAAUCAAUCAAACUUUAUUUAUAAAGCACUCUUCAUACAAAAAUGUAACACAAAGUGCUUUACAGUGAUUAAAAACAAUCCCGCAUUUCCUUCCACCCACCCAGCCCAACCCUGUUAGAGAAUUUUUAUGUAAUAAGCAUUUCUCAUUUAAAGUGUUAAUUAUUUAAAGGCCGAUUCAUGUAAAGGUAAUCAUGAUGUAGUAGAAGUUAUCAACAUUGGCUUUUUGUUUUGUCUUGUUUUGUUGUGUUCAAGCUGUAUCAGGUGAUAUGGAUGAUGUGUUGGCUGACUCAUUAAAGAUAAUGUACCAGGAGAAACAAAUAGUAAUGGUAAACAUCAUGAGGUUAACACAGAACUCUGGGGAAUAGCUAGAGGCUCUACCACCUGGAAUGUGAAACCUGUGUAUAAUGGGGGGCUGUGUCAGUGGAAGCUUGUCAGUCAUGAGACAACAUGUGAACAAUAGGUACUGUAUUCAAAGUAACCUACUGUAUGCUAAUUGUGUGCUCUACAAUAAAAGGGCAUUGGAGAGAAGAGAGCUUCAGUUAGGAUGAGACAGGCAGCUCUCUCCUACUCCUUGCGCAAGUAAAACGAA